AGUGUCGGAUGGGAUGCUAAAUCGCCCGGCCCAGUGUCAGGAAAAGAUUUACUCAGGCGGCUGGCAGUGUUGGAAAGUACUAGAAGGAUUUCAAAGAUGAGUAAAGAGAGAUGAAGUGAGUGUUGUGAUAACAGCAGAAGGGAACAAACACGACAAUGGGUUCUUUGUGUGGCCGAGGCACACUAACAGCAAUACGUCGCACUUUAAUCUUCACCUCCAACUCUAGCAUUAACCCUAACUCCUUUUUCACCACCUCCCUCCCCCACGCUUUUUCCUCACUACUCUUACCCCGCACCGUUCAUCGUCAUCUCUGUUCCACCAAAACCCCCGUCGACACCAAGCUCAACUUCUCCCUCUCCGACUCAGACUCCGAAUCCGACGACCAAAACAACAAUACCCACAAAGAGAAUAGGGUACUCCCACCCCCUUACGACCCCUUCAGCAAGAAGCCCGCAAUAGAAGACCCCAAGGACCCAAAGGACUUGCAACAGAUUUUCCAUGACAUGAGGAGCGGCGAUGGGUUGCUCAACCACGCCGUGAAGAUGUUCGACGCAUUGUCCAAAGAGGGUCUGACCCACGAGGCGCUGGAGCUCUUCGCCCAGAUCAAGGACAAGGGCCAUAUGCCCGACGUGGUGGCCCACACCGCCAUCCUCGAGGCCUACGCUAACGCUGCACAGCCAAAAGAGGCUCACAAGGUUUACAUGCGCAUGCUCGCUUCUGGGGUGUCGCCCAACGCUUACACCUAUGCUGUUCUCGUUACGGCUCUUGCUGCUGAUGCCAAGUUUGUGAAGGACGCUAGUAAGUACCUUUUGGAAAUGAUGGAUAAAGGGAUGAAACCCAAUGCAAAAACUUAUACCUCUGUGUUUGAGGGGUUGCUAAAGGAAGAGAGGCUUGAUGAAGCGACACGCUUGCUGGAACAAAUGAAGGCUAAGGGGUUUGUUCCCGACGAGAAGGCUGUGAGAGAGGUUGUAAGCAAUAAAAGAGGCCAAGUAUUUAGAAACCUCAUAAACCUUCUUUUUGGCAGGUAGUGCUAUGACGUUGUUUAAACAUGUUCGAGUGUGAAAAUGAAAUGUUUGUCUUUUGUUUGUACGUGGCAUUUGUUCGUUAUGCAUUUCAACUUUGGUCUUCAUGGACGUAAUGUAAUGCCAACACUCAGUCAUAAACUUGGUAAAGUUACGGCCGAGUCUGAAUUCUAUGAUAGAAAGUAAUAUCAUUCAUGAA